AUGGGGUUCGACGCCAUGUCCGUCAUUGGCAGAGUGUGCGUAUUCAGCGGCUACUCGUUCCUCGGUUUCGCCAUGAAAAGAUUGGAUUUGUUUUCCAAAAAAGACGGUUUAGUCAUGUUGAAGUUUGUCGUGAACGUGACGUUACCGGCGCUUCUGUUGCACACGCUCUCGACGAGCACGAGCAUGUAUACUCCUCACGUGAAUAAUGGUAAUGGUCAACAAUAUUUUGUGACCAAAUUUCUGCCAAUCGUUUUGUGCUCUGCGUUCGUUUCGUUGACGGCGAUGGGUUCGGCGUUGUAUUUGUAUUUUAAACGACCGUCCAACGAGAGAGGUUUGUUCGUCGGGAGCAUGGCUGGCGUGAAUCUAGGAACGUACUCGUAUCCGUUCAUAGAAGCAAUUUGGGGGAGCGAAGGCUUACGGUUAGCCACUUUAUACGAUUUACCGAACUCUGUGUUCGUGUUCAUCAUCUCCGCGGUUGUGUUUUCCUACGAACGCUCCAAGACGAGAAAAAGUGAAAACGUUGAGCUUCGUCACGACGACGGCGGGAUGUAUUCCGGCGAGUUUAUCACAGAAAGAAUCAAGAAAGAAACGUACGCGAAGAGAAGUUCCGCGAACGUGCCCGAGGAAGAAGACGCGAGAAUGACCAAAGAUAACGGACUUUCUUCGAUUGCAAAGAGGAAGGAACAACUGGAAAAGGAAAACGAACAAACCGGACCAAAGACAACGUUCACGACGCAGCUCGUCAAGAGUGGGUUGGGGUGCUACACGUAUCCGUCCGGUGCCAUCUACGAAGGCGAGUGGCAACAAAACGUUAAAAAUGGAUUAGGGGUGUAUAAAUACGCCAAAGGAGGAUCGUACGUAGGGAAUUUUAAAUCCGGUGAAUUUUCCGGUUUCGGCGUUCGUAAACUUCGAAGCGGCGUCGUCAAAGCUGGCAUUUGGAAAGCGAACGAGUUGGAAAAAAUAGUACCCAUGGAGGAGUUGACGGCAACGGUGAGAGAUGCGACGUUGCGCGCCGAAGCUGCUAGAAUGAAAGUUGAAUCGUUAAAGGAAGAGACUUUAAAGAAGAAGGCUUUGAACAUGUUGAAAUUCCCGCCUUUUAUCGCGUUGGCGGUUGUUUUCGUCUCCAAAAUCAUCGGGCACAGUUUACCGACUGUGGUGCACAAAUUGGCGGAGCCGUUAGCGAAUGCGAAUAAUCCGUUGGUUUUGAUCACCGUCGGCGUAUUGUUCGAGGCUGGAUUGAGGAGACAACAAACGAGAGACUGCAUUGGAUUUUUAGCCGCGAAAUACGCGACUGGUUUAGCGUGCGCCGCGGUUGUGUCUGUUUUCAUACCGAGCGGGUUCCCCAUCGCUCGAGGUACGUUAGCGGCGCUGUGCGUCAUGCCGGUUCCAUCUGUUGUCGUCCAACAAGCGGUAAAGAACAAUCUGGACGCCGAUCUCGCCGCAAGUUUAGUCUCUGGUUCCCAAAUCGCCUCGGUCGUGAUGUUGCUCUUCUUCGCGGCGACGAUGAACUUGGCGAGCAGACCGUUUUUGUUUCCUUUUUGUUUGUUGAUCUUAGCCGGCGUCGUCGCUUCUGCGGGAUAUUUCUUGGACGAGUAUCUCUCGCCAAGUCCACACACGACGUUUAAAGGUGCGGUCGCAGAUAAGAUCGACGCCAUGUUGGAUGUUAUAUUCAAGAACAAUGCUAAAGAGGAGGAUGUAUUAUCAAUCGAUAGAGGAAAUAGCGAUAGUAAAAACAGUAAUAGUGGUAGCGAUAGUAUCGACGAAAAUGAAGCCGCCGCAAAGAACGACGAGGAUUCCAGCAGCAGAGGACCGAAUGCGCCAAACGCGAGAAGUUUGAGUAACGAACGCUAUUUAAACAACGUCUGGCCGAAGCGUUAUGAAUUUCAGGCGAAACUCUCUCUCGACUCGCGGCUACGAGGAGGAGGAGGAGGACGACGACGACGACCAAAGAAGAUCAACUCUUAUUCCGCGUCGUCGCCGCCUCCGCCGACGAGGACGACGACACUCAAAGUCAUCGGACUCGCCGCUAGAACGAAGAAGACGGAUAUGAAGACGAGGAUGAUUAGGACGACAAGGACAGCAGAGUGCACGAGGAGAACGUUUUUACCGCUUCGAACAACGCCUUUAUUUUUGUAG